AUGGAGCAAUUGGAGCACGAGGUUUUCUUCUUUCCGCUGCUUAUUUCCGCCUGGCUCUCGCCGGCAACGCUCUCAAUGCAGCGACGCGUCCUCCUGCUAUUCCCGGUGCUAGCCACGGUCGGCGCCUUCGCGCCGUCUCCGCACCGCUUGCGCGUUGCGCCAGCCCGUCCCGCCGUCUGCCGGUGUGCGCCAAUCGUGGCGAGCGCGUCGGCCUCGGCUGAGGUGGCAGCGAGGACAGUGGUGGUGACCGACAUGGACGAGACGCUGAUAUCGAAGAAGAGCACGGGGUAUGUGAUCUCCUUCCUCGUCAGGCUGCGCUCCAUCCGCCUGCUCCUCGUGCCGCUCGUCGCCGCAGUGCUGAUUCCCGUCUCCAAGCUGUCGCGCACCUUUGCGGUGCGUGUCAUGUAUUGGUUCGCCUUCCGCGGCGUGCGUGUGGAGCGCGCCAAGGCGAUCGCCGCCGAGUUCCUCGCGCCGCGCUACGCCGCCGACUUGCAGGACCCGGUCGCCUCGGCCGUCCUCGCGGCGGACGACGCGAUCGUCAUCACCGCCUCGCCCGACUUCAUGGCGCGCCCGUGGCUCGAGCGGUACCUGCGCGUGCCGCCGUCGCAGGUGUACGGCGCCGUGCUCGAGGAGCGCGCGGGCCGCUUCACCGGCAAGACCACCCAGAUCCCCAUCGGCGAGGAGAAGGCGACGCUGCUCGCCUCGGACCCGCUCGCCACCUCGGCAGGCGUCUCGACGGUGGGGUACGGCGACCACCCGACGGACGUGCCCUUCAUGAAGGCGUGCGACCGCGCCGUCCUCGUCCACCCGAUGGAGCCUAUGCCGCCCGGCGUCGAGUACGAGCCGGCGCAGCCCUUCGACUCGGCCGCGCUAGGCUAG